AUGGCUUGGACAGAAUCAUCUCCUGGUCCACCGGCAGGGCACUUCAAAAGACCGCUGAACCUCGCGGAAAAGGGCCUGAUAUCAGUCAUCGAGGCCUUUCGCCCGUCGCCGCGAGAACUGAUCAGAAUCAAUGCCUUUGCAGACUUCACAAUCGCGUCCCCCUCCGGCUUACAUGUAACUCGGGACGACGUAAUUUCGGCCUUCCGGACGGCAUGGAAAGCGCUGCGGCUUCUCAAAUCUCCCGACAUCGCGACCACAGUCGAGGACGCAUACAAAGUGUACCAAGUCCCUUCGGCGGUAGAGGUAGAUGCAUGGCUCGAGCGAACGUUCAUUGCGUCGGCGUCUACAUCUACGACACCUGAGACGGCCGUGCAAAGCGCAGUGAGGGAAAUGCAGCAACGCCUCGAACUUUUGCCAGUAUGUCAGCUCAUUUCUCGCCCACUGGACGACGAUGACACGACGGGAACGACGUUAUUCAAGGGGACGGUAAUCCUGUUCAUCAGUCAUUGGCGGACCGAGGCGUCGGGGGCGUUCAAGAUCCUCGACCACCUCUUUUCGUUCGUCGCUGAUCUUCUCGCUUCCCCUCCAGGAGGCAAAGAACUGUCGACCACGGCUGCAAGAUUGUCCUCUUAUCGGCCUGGAGAUGAGUGCUCGCUUCUGACGCCUGCGAUAGAAGACAUUCUCAUGCCGGGGGAGGAGGACGUCAAGACGACUCCCGAGGCCAAAGCACGGGUCGCGGCGCAUUUCGACAAGUACUAUUCCAGCCUGCCGUCCGUGGACUUCCCAAUGUCACCAUCGUCGCACCACGGGGAAGGAGAUGGAGAAAGCACGGCCUUGGCGCCGUUUGGGUCCGUCAAGGAGAUCCGACACGUGUACAGCGUCUCUGCCCUGGACAAGUUGUACGCGUCCUGUAAGAGUUACGGGAUUAGUAUCACGGCGGCAGUUCACUCGGCGUACAUUGGAGCCAUGUACACCGCUGGAUCAUCACGCGCGACUAAGAACCGUCAACCCGGGGACGAAAACGACUCGGCAAAGCGUGGUCGCGAUGAGUGUGAUCAGAGACUGAAGCGGAAUUAUGCCUGUCUCAUGCCCGCCGAGGUCCGAACUCGUCUACCCAAAUCUUCCCCGUACCGAGAUCAGGGAUGCUGGUCAUCCGCAAUGAUGCUCAUGCUCGUCGUACCCUCGGCCCAGGAGCAGGACUUUGUCGCCCGCGCCCGAGACCUGAAGAGCCAAUACAGGCUCGCGGACCAGAAAGAGUGGAUGUACGCUGACGCAAGAGAGACGAGUGAACAAGUGAGUAUGUUGGGGAGUAGGACGCCGCCGGAUGGUCAAUCUGUCUCGAUGGGUUAUUUCACUGGAGUAGGCGUGUUGGACAGGGAGACGAUCAAGUCCACCAGAUAUGGUGGUGGUGAGGAUGAUGGAUCACAGCAGCAGAUCGAAGUGUCAAUAUCAGACGUGGACUUCUUCGCGGACCCUCUGUCUCCGGGGAUCGUGUUGCGAGUGUGGACUUUUCGGUCUAGGUUGAAUAUUCAUGUUGUCUGGAACAGUGCGUAUCAUGACAAUGAGCAGAUCAGGGAAGUGAUGAGGAGUGUUGACGAGACUUUGACGAAGGAGAUGGGUGUUGACAUGUUGAACGAGAGGGUCGUCGUUGAGGAAAAGGAGUUUUAG